UCAAAGAAAAGUUGGUGCAAUGAGGAGAACAGGACGAAAUAGAAAGGAGGAAACAGUUAUAUCUAGGUUGCGUUUUGGACAUACAAGGUUAAACAGUAAUUUAUUUAAAAUAGGAAAACAUCGAAAUGGAAGUUGUGAUUUUUGUGGGCAAGAAGAGACGGGGGGUGUUUAAAGUUAGCGUCCCGAUCCACACUCCAUUCCAGUAGAUGGCGGUAAUGCACAUCUAAAAGUUGCUUGCCAACCGCCAUAAAAAAGAAGAAGAAGAAGGAGGAGGAGAAGAAGACGAGGAAGAAGUCUUCAUGAAUCUUUUCACAGACGUCUCAUUGAUCUGGUGUUUGAAUCCUGGAUAGAAGGCUUUAAAGCGGACAUGGCUGCCUCAAAGGAGAAACGCUCCUUCGAGGAGAACAUGUUAGUGGACGGAAGCUGCAGCUCCAAGAAGCCCCGUUCUGACCCGCACGUAGCCGCUCUGAUCCUGGCUAGAGGAGGGAGCAAAGGGAUCCCGCUGAAGAACAUCAAGCCGCUGGCCGGGGUCCCCCUCAUCGGCUGGGUGCUGAGAGCGGCCAUCGACUCCAACAUGUUCGACAGUGUCUGGGUGUCAACGGACCACGAUGACAUUGAAAGAGUUGCUAAAUCCUGGGGGGCCAAAGUCCACCGGAGGAGCAAAGAGGUCUCCAGGGACUGCUCCACUUCCCUGGAAACCAUACAAGAGUUUCUCAAGGAAAACCCAGAAGUGUCGGUGGUCUGCAACAUCCAGGCCACGUCUCCGUGCCUCCAUCCUUCGCACCUGCAGGAGGCUCUGAAGAAGAUCACCGAGGAAGGGUACGACUCCGUCUUCUCCGUGGUCCGGAGAUACCAGUUCCGCUGGACGGAGGUCAAGAAGGGAUGUAAAGAGUGCACCCAGCCGCAGAAUCUGAACCCUGCGAAGCGUCCACGGCGUCAGGACUGGAACGGAGAGCUGUACGAAAACGGCUCGUUUUACUUCGCCACCAGAGACCUCGUCAUGAUCAAGGGAUGCUUGCAGGGCGGUAAGGUCACCUACUUUGAGAUGGAGCCGCAGCACAGCGUGGACAUUGACGUGGACAUCGACUGGCCCGUGGCAGAGCAGCGCGUGCUCAGGUUUGGAUACUUCGGCCGCGGCGUGACCCUGAUGUUCUGUAAAGUUUCCGGAUGUCUGACCAACGGGAAGGUCUUCCUGUCCGUGUGCGGAGAGGACAUGGUCUCCCUCAACACCAGAGACACCACGGGACUCCGGAUGCUGCAGAAAGACGGUGUGGAGGUGGUGCUGCUGGUCUCCAAGGAUGACCUUCUGACCAAGUCGCUGAGCAAGAAACUGGAGAAGGUGACGGGCUGCGAGGUCUUUGAGGUCGGAGAGGAGCCCCUGAAGGACGUGGAGACGAAGUUUAAGAACCUCGAAUGGAAGGAUGUAGCCUACAUUGGCAACGACGCGGCAGACGUCAGCUGCCUGAGCCUGGCGGGCCUGAGCGCGGUGCCCGCGGACGCGCCGGCCUGCGCCGCCCAAGUCGCCAAGUACACCUGCAAGAAUGUCGGCGGGUCGGGGGCCGUGAGGGAGUUCGCCGAACACGUGAUGCAGCAGAAGGAGCAGGCCAAAGCCCAGAUGAAGCAGGACCGGAUCGACCGCAACAACUUCUAACGUCGGGGAAACCCGGAGGCUGCCGGGUUGCUCCGACGUUUACCUGAAGCACUCGGUCGGCGAACGCCAAUGGGAACGCCGCGGGAUCACAGGGACAUGGCAAAGAUGGGGGCAGCUCAUAUCUGUGGUGGUCGGUUCUCUGGCUGUGGUACACUUAGGGUUAGUUUGCUUGGUUAUAUGAAGAUCCAGUUGUGACAUCAGUGAGCUAGCUUAUAUUUGCUCUAUUUAUUGAUUUGUCAAUCUAUGCACCUUGACAAAUUAAUAAAUACAGCAAAUAUGUUUGUAAAGUGCAUGUUUUGUGUGAGGGAAACAUAAUUUUUCUCUGAGAUUCUAAAUGAUCAAUUAAAGGUUCAUCAUGUGGUCAUUUUUCAGUAAUGUUUUUGAACGGUGACACUCCUUUGUAACACCAUGAUUCUCUAUAAACUAAAUGUUUAAAAUAAGACAGGUUAAUUUAUUUCAGUGUACCAGCGCUCAGUGGCAGUUUCUCAGAGUGAACCUUUCAUUUAUAUUCGCUCGCUUAGUGGGAAAGUGAGCCUCCCCGUGCAGCCUGACCGGGACUGUGUGGCUUUUUCCUGAGUAUUUCCUGGAUUUUGAUGGGUUCUGAGGGCAUGGCGGUGCGAUACAUGAAGUAGAGCCACUGUGAGGGGAAUUUAACCUGAAACGCGCUGGAAGUGGCAGAGCAAAGAAUGACGUGAUCACCCAGUGGCGUUCAAUGUCAGGCUGGUCGAGUUCAUUCACCCUCCACUAGAGGGCAGUGUUGGACAACUUAUCUAUCUAUCUAUCUAUCUAUCUAUCUAUCUAUCUAUCUAUCUAUCUAUCUAUCUAUCUAUCUAUCUAUCUAUCUAUCUAUCUAUCUAUCUAUCUAUCUAUCUAUCUAUCGCGUAUAAAUCAACCAUCUUUUAGACACAAACAUGUAGCGGUGCAUUUUUAUAUAAAUCUGUUUUAAACACAGAAAAUGUUAUGCUGGAUGUGAAAAAAAACCUUACUUGUUUGCCAAAUCUGCACACUUUAAACACAUUUAUCAAAUGCAUUUCUGUAACUGGACAGUAAUUUAUUUUCUUUUAAACUGACUGGUACCUGUCUUUUUCACUUAUUAGCUUUUGCUAAUAAUUAUUUGCUUUUUCAGGGAGUUUGUCUGAUACAUGCAGCUGCACAGUAGUUCACACUAAUUUACAUUCUACUGUAAAAUAAUCGCUGUCUGCGUUUUUUGACUCGAACAUUUAAAUCUUAUCAGAUGCUAAGGACUAUUUGUAUGCUUUUACCAAUCUCAGAAACUGUUGAUACACUGCUGUUGUCCUGCCGUCACUGUGAUCCGCCGCCACUUGAAAAUGGUAGCCUUGGCUCAUAUCAUAUCUAUAUCAGAUCCACUGUCCGCUGAUUGCCAGGUCAAUACCUGUGUGUUACUGUGCACAUAUUGAAUGUCCGGAAUAUGACUGUCUCUGUCGAGUAUUUAGUGGGAGCCGGGGACAGAAACGGGGGAAGACGGGUGGCCGGCCGCACCGUGGGGUGCCGUUACGUUCCAUCUGUAAUAAAAGUGCUGGAACUUCAUCACUCCACCGUUUCCUUAUUCAAUAAGUCCAGGAAGUUAGUUAUUGUUUAAAAUUCCUAUCACAUUCAACUGAACACUAGUCUUGAUUUAUGUGUUACGUGUGAAUUCUGAGCUGUCCUUAUGAUUACAUAUUGAAAAUAAAGAUUCUUGAUUCUUGAGCUGAA